UAAUUAAUUUAAUUAAUUAAUACGAAGAAUAAAAGAAUGCGAUAAAGCUCUCAUCCCAAUCCCCCUUUCCCCUUUCCUCCAUUCCUUGCGACAUCGCGAUCGGAGAAGCUUCGGAUCGCUAUCUAGGGUUUUUUCGGUUGGAGUAGGUCGUCGCCCAUGGCUUCCAAGCGGAUCCUCAAGGAGCUUAAAGAUCUGCAGAAGGACCCUCCCACGUCAUGCAGCGCUGGCCCUGUUGCGGAGGAUAUGUUCCACUGGCAAGCAACAAUAAUGGGCCCUCCGGACAGCCCUUAUGCAGGGGGAGUCUUUCUGGUCACUAUUCAUUUCCCACCAGAUUAUCCAUUUAAACCCCCAAAGGUAGCAUUCAGGACAAAGGUUUUCCAUCCAAACAUUAACAGCAACGGAAGCAUUUGCCUUGACAUAUUGAAGGAACAAUGGAGCCCCGCCCUAACGAUCUCCAAGGUCUUGCUUUCAAUCUGUUCACUGCUGACCGAUCCGAACCCAGACGAUCCGUUGGUUCCCGAGAUCGCUCACAUGUACAAGACUGACCGGACCAAGUACGAAACAACUGCAAGGAGCUGGACCCAGAAAUACGCCAUGGGCUAACGUCCUAGUCCUCCUCUUCUUGAGGUUAAGGGGUUGUUGACGUUUGUGUUGGUCAUCUAUGUAGUAUCUAAGAAUUUAAGUGGUGUUGUUCUCUAUUGUCUCAAUGAAAAGCCAGAAAGGAACUCAUUGCCUUCCUGCGGAUUGUUAAGAAAACAAACAACAUUAUACAUUGUUUGCUUGCGAGUUUUUCUUAUUCAACCCUUCCUUUGA